AUGACGUUCUCUUCCUCAAUGGAGAGCCCCAGACUCCAAGUGGUCAUUAUUGGCAGCUCGAUAUCCGGUCUUACCUUGGCCCACUGCCUCGAACUUGCAGAAAUCGACUAUGUAGUGCUCGAAAAGCACAAUGACAUCCUGCAAACAAUCGGCGGGUCGAUCGGCCUCCUCCCCAACGGGUGCAGGAUCCUCGAUCAGCUCGGUGUCUACGAUGAGAUCGAAAACGUGGCGUGCCCCGUCCGGAUAUCCCACAUGACGUAUCCGGAUGGGUUCACUUUUAGCGAUGGGUUCCCUGCAGAUCUUCGAGAAAGGGAGGUUCUCCCCCUCCCCUCCCCCCCUUAG